CCCACCUGCUCAACCAUCGGAAGAACAAUCGAGCUUACACAAGUUGAUAUUUCUGUCAAUCCAUCCAGCGUCAAGGUCGACAUGUCGUGCGAGGGGCCCCCAUCAGCGGAGGACUUGAUGCCUAAGCGCCCGCGGUACGACCGCGACCAGACAUGCAUCAAGUGCAAGUCCCACCGCGGGAACCUCGUAAUUAAGCAUGCGGUCUACUGCUUCUCCUGCUUGCCCGCAAUGCUCAUCCGCAAGUUCCGCCGCGCCCUCUCCGCAUCACUCGACCCAGCAGCACCCCCUCGAGGUACACCCUCCCGCACCCCGCCGCCAGAUGUUGUCCUCGCCCUGUCUGGCGGGCCGAGCUCUACCGUCCUCCUCGACAUGGUGUGGAAGUGUUUCUCUGUCGAGGGCUCGGGAAGGAAGGACGAGCGCCGGCAGGUUGGGAGCGUCAGAGCUGUAUAUGUGGACUGGAGCUGCUUGGGAGGGAAGAGCGUUGUCGAAUCUCUGAGGGAAGCUUGCCAGCGGUACGGGAUCGAGUUAACCAUGGUGAUGGGAGAAGCGGCAUUCGACGCGGCAUGGACAAGUGCAGUUGGAAUGCCUCGCCCGACAAGCGAACUUCUGGUCAACCAACACUCUGACCGCCUCCCUUUUCUCCCCUCCCCUAUGGGAGCUGGACCAAGCGACCCCAUUGCCACACUUCGCGCCCACCUCGCUAGCCUGCCCACGCCCUCUGCGAUCCCAGCAAUGCUGCGCACCCUCACCCGUCUUCUGAUACUGAACACAACGUGCGCCCUCUCCUGCUCUGUCCUGAUGCUCGGCACCUGCCUUCCCCGACUUUCCGUCGAUCUGCUAGAGAACGUCGCAUACGGCGGGGGCUUUUCCCUCGGUUCCGAGCGAGAGGAGUCCGUCUCCCUCCCCCUGGGAGAGGUACACGUCAUCCGUCCACUCCGAGACUGGAGCCUCAAAGAGCUAGGCUGGUGGCUGCACUCCCGCUCGCUCCCCGUCCCCCGCGGAGUAGACGGCAAGCCCGAUCGUCUACUCGCCCCUUCAGGAGGGAAAACGCUCAGCAAGCUGACAGAAGACUUCGUCCUCGGCCUGGAGAGGGAUUACCCAAGCACAGUCUCCACCAUAUCCAAGACAGCGACAAAGGUCGUCCCCGCCGAACCGGCGGCAUACAGGUGCGCGUACUGCCUCCGACCAGCGCAGAAGAACGCCACCCGAUGGAAAGCGGGGACGGCGGUUCUCGUGCUGCCUUCACUAGCAGAUGGGGGAAACGACCCCCUCGCUCCGCCCAAGACGCCGCCCUUGCCUGGUGCGCAGGGACUCGCGGAUGGGCUGUGCUAUUCGUGCUAUACGCAUCUCACAUCUCGGGGAGGAACUGGAGCUGGGAAAGUGCGGUCAAUCGCUUCACAGGAUGCAGACAGGUCUGGAAGUACCGGAAUGCCCAUGCCCGUGUGGGUCAGAAGAGUCAGGGAAGAAGAGAUGAAGCAGCACAUCGGGGAGUUUCUAUUAGAGGAGUAGGCGUCACCUCGUGCAGGAUUCCACUGUAAUACUAUGCAAUUCGC